GUGGAUAACUUUCAAGAACGUGGAAGGACUCACUAUCUCAGGCGGCACGUUUGACGCUCAGGGACAAUCUCUUUGGGCCUGUAAGGCCGCCGGCCACCACUGCCCCACAGGCUCUACGGCAUUGACGAUUGAUCAGUCGAAGAAUGUGUUCUUGAGUGGAAUAACUGUAAAAAAUAGUGAAAAGUUUCAGAUGUCGAUCAUGUAUAGCCAGGGAAUAAGAGUAGAAGGAGCAACAAUCACUGCACCAUUCAAUAGCCCUAACACCGAUGGAAUCCACAUUCACACGACGAGCGGAGCAAGUAUCAUAAACUCCGCCAUCGGCACGGGCGAUGAUUGCAUUUCUUUGGGCACGGGUGCCAUCAACAUCUGGAUCGAGAAUAUCAGAUGCGGGCCCGGCCACGGCAUAUCCAUUGGCAGCCUGGGCGAGACGCCCAGCAGGUCCGCCGUACAAAAUGUGACUGUGAGCUCGGUGGUCUUGACCGGAACAGAAAAUGGUUUGAGGAUCAAAACAUGGGCGAAACCCUAUAAUGGGUUUGUGAGAGGGGUUACUUUCCAACAUGCCAUAAUGAACAAUGUAAAGAACCCAAUUAUUAUUGACCAGAAUUACUGCCCUAACCAUAAAAAUUGCCCAAAACAAAACUCGGGGAUAAAGAUCAGCGGGGUGGUGUUCGACGAUGUGAGGGGGUCGUCGGCGACGGCGGUGGCGGUGACGCUCGACUGUAGCCGGAGCAAUCCAUGCAGUGGGAUUGAGCUUAGGGAUGUAAGGCUGAGCUAUGAUGGAGAGGACAAGGCCGAGGCUUUCUGUAGAAAUGCGGUGGGGGAGAGCUCUGGGUUGGUAAUCCCACCUAGCUGCAUCUGAGAUUUAGGAUUAUGAAUAAUCAUAAUUAUGAUAAUAUCAUUAUUAUUAUUACUACCAUUAUUGAGAUAGAGAAGUCUCCGGCUGGCUGGUUAAGGUUUGGUGUGAGCUUGCUACGUUCUGAGAGAU